AUGGCCGAAAAUCCUCUAAAUUUUGUUAAUUAUGGAACGAAUAGUCAAGCAAUGUGGCAGCAGCAGCCUGAAGCAAAUGAUUCGGUAACAUCUGACCAAAGCAUGCGAAGUACAGCAUGGACGACAAAAAUGCUACCGUCGAACAAUUCUAUGUCCAGUCAAGGUUACUUUCUUGACAAUAUUGCGGUUGACAACAGUGUAAAUGUGCUGUCAUACUUACAACAGCAUCCGAAUUCAUUUCCAGUCAAGGACAGCGUGCAAUCUGUAUUUCAUGAUUCGAGUACAACAGCAUUAACUUACAGUUACAAGCCAUCAUGCAGUAUGACCAAUCAUCAAGUGAACAGUGUUCGGAUUAAUCCGUUUGAGCAGGGUGAUGUCACUUUUCAGCCUCAACUGCUUCCUAAUUUUUCAACAGCACCGUUUUCGUCCAUGAUUCAGUCAGUGGACACAUCUGCUCCGACAUCAGCAGUUCCUCCACAGACGUCUUUUCCUUGUCUGCCUGACCACGAUAUCAAUUCGGAUUCAGUUGUUACCUGCGCGCAAUAUCUACCUCUAGCUUCUACUGAGCCUCUCACGAGCGUGGCAUAUAGGAGUAACGCAAGGAACGAAGUUGAUUUACAUCAUAAUUUCCCAGCUCUUAGCAAGCAUUCACAGCAACAACCAUUGAACGAUAAUUUUCAAAUGAACGGGAAUUAUCCAGGUGGAAUGGGUAGUUUGCAACAAGAAUUUGCUCGAAUGAAUUAUGGGAUGCAAUCGACGAAGUAUAUUGAUUUGAUGCAGGAAAGGGAUUUAAUGAAAUAUGGAACUGAUGACGAAGAGAUUGCUCUUCCACCAACUGUUUGCAAUCCUGAUGCCCGAUGUAAUCCUAGCAUAUUUCGUUGCACAUUGAGUUCGAUACCUCAGACUCAAGAACUGUUGAAAAAAUCGCGUUUACCAUUUGGACUCACCUUGCAACCAUUUAGAGAUAUGAAGAAUCUCAAUAUCAUCCAAACAUCAUCUAUUGUGCGAUGUCGUUAUUGUCGUACUUACAUUAAUCCUUAUAUUUACAUACCAGAUUCUCGACAUUGGAAGUGCAAUAUUUGCUAUCGCAUUAAUGACUUACCAGAUGAUUUUAACUGGGAUCCUGCUACAAAAUCAUUUGGUGAACCGACUCAUCGUCCAGAAAUUAAAAACUCAACCGUCGAAUUUAUUGCUCCUUCUGAAUAUAUGUUGCGUCUGCCACAACCGGCAGUUUAUGUGUUUGUAAUGGAUGUCAGCCAAAAUGCAGUUGAAACAGGUUAUCUAUAUACUUUCACUGAACAACUUUUGAUUAUUUUGGAACAAUUACCCGGCGACGAGCGUACUAUGCUUGGUUUUAUUGGUGUAGAUUCGGCUGUUCAUUUCUUUCAGUUCCGAGGGAAAUCACAUCCACAGCAGCUCAUAGUUGAAGAAUAUAGCAAUAUUUUUCUUCCAGUCAGUUAUGGAUUGUUGGUAAAUCUUCGCAAAAACGUUGAUGUGAUACGUUUGUUUGUACAAAGUUUACCUGCUCUCUAUGAAUCAAAUUCCUCAACUUCAUGCUGCUUGGGUGCAGCGUUAACUGCAGCACAUCAGCUUAUUGCUGAUAUCGGUGGAAGAAUCACCGUGUUGCUGACUAUGAUUCCUGAUUUAGGGCCAGGAGCACUCAAAAGUCGAGAGGAUCCAAAUCAGCGAGCAGCCGCUGUUGGUUUCCUUUAUGAAAUACCAAAUUUGUGUCCAGCGAAUGAUUACUAUAAGCGUUUAGCGCUUGAAUGUACUGGGCAUCAAAUUGCUGUUGAUUUAUUUUUAAUGAAUAGUCAAUACUCUGAUUUGUCAACUUUGGGCAAUUCUACUUGUUCAAGUUAUCUUUCGAUUAACAUUAUCGCUUCAGCUGAUAUGUCGAAGUUUAGCACUGGAUGUGUCUUUCACUUCCCAAAUUAUCAUAUAAAUCAGGAUCACUUACAAGUCAAAAGAUUUCAAAAACAGUUAAAUCGAUAUUUGGUUCGCAAAAUUGGAUUCGAAGCAGUGUUAAGGAUUCGAUGUACAAAAGGCUUGUCUUUACAUACAUUUUACGGGAAUUUUUUUGUCCGCUCGACAGAUCUUUUGGCAAUGGCCAAUGUAAAUCCGGAUUCUGCAAUUGCUGUACAAGUGCAAAUGGAAGAGAACCUUAUUGGUAUUAAUACGGCAUGUUUCCAAGCUGCUGUUUUGUACACGUCAAGUCGAGGUGACAGACGAAUACGAAUCCAUACACUUUGUUUACCGAUAACGAAGGAUUUAUCCACUAUUUUCAGUCAGUUUGAUGUGAAAUGUGCAAUAUCACUUCUUUCAAAAAUGGCGGUCGAACGUACUUUUAUGGGUGCAAGUUUGACAGAUUCCCGUGAAGCAAUGGUGAAUACUGUCGUUGAUGUAUUUGGUGCAUAUAACUCUGCUGUUUCCUGCAUGAGUCGUAUCAGCUCUAUGUUAUCACCAAUUACUUCGAUACGUUUGUUACCGCUCUAUGUAUUGGGCAUGCUUAAACAUCGAGCAUUCAUCGCAGGACAAUCUGUUAGAUUAGACAAUCGUGUGGCUGCUCUUCUUCUCUUUCGCAGUGCUCCUUUAGAAGUGAUCGACUUAGAGUUAUAUCCUGCUUUAUAUGAACUCAAUCAUUUUAUUGAGAAUGAGGCUGACCCGCCAAGAUUACAUCUCUCUUUCGAACAUAUUAAUCGAGAUGGUGUAUAUUUACUGGACACGGGCUCAUAUGUUUACAUAUAUGUUUCAUCAAAUGUUAAGUCCAGCAUUUUAAAGCGUUUAUUUGAUGUGAAUACAUUCGAAGAAAUUGACGAUGAAGCAAGUUUAUUAUUUUAA